AGACUACCUUAGCAAAACAGCUCAAGAAGUAGAAAGUCUCCCAAAAACUGAAAAGAAAGAGGAAUUGAAAGAAGAAGCAAUAAGUAUAGAAACAUCUGAUGAGCAAGAGAUAAAAGAUAUCUCACAUAGCACAGAUUAUGAAAUAGAAGACACUCAGAAAGAAGCUGAACAAGCAACCACUUUCUCAGAAGCAGAACUUACGACAAGAGAUGAGCUUGCAUUAGAUAGCCCAUCUUUUAAAGAUAAUAACAAAGAGAAUAACCCUUCUCAAGAGAAUAUAUCGUCAGCAAUUCCAAUAGAAGAAGACUUUACAACUGCAUUCUACAAGAAGAAAAAAGAAACAAACAAAUCAAAAUAUACGUAA